UUCCACGCACCCGAAAGUGAAGUGGCUCCUUCGCUUCUGCGGCCGGAAGAGCUGGUGUUUCUGGUCCCAAGAGAUGUGGUCCUCUGUGCUGAUAGUUCUGCUCGGUCUUCAGGUUCAUGGUGCUACGGAUGGCUUCGCGGUGGUCACGCCCCAGACUCCGGUCUCGGGCCCUUUGGGAGGCUCUGCAACGUUGCCAUGCUGGCUGUCCCCAGCGAUCAGUGCAGAAGCCCUGGAGGUCCGCUGGUACCGACCCAACAAGUUCACCAGCCCGGUUCUGCUCUACAGGGAGCAGAAGGUCCAGCAGAGCUCCCAGGACCCCCAGUAUGAGGGUCGAGUGUCUCUGGGCUCCAGGGGCUCCACCAAUAGGGCCCUUAAUGAGGGCAAUGUGUCCCUGCACCUGGAGAACGUGACUCUCAGCGACAGCGGGCAGUACGAGUGCUACGUGAGCAGUGACAAGACAUACGAAAGCAAAACGGUCACUCUCGAGGUGAACGUGUUGGGCAUGCCUCCGAUGAUGUCAUCACUUCCAGCCGAUGACGGUGUGCUUAACGUGAGCUGUGCAUCCAGUGGGUGGCACCCGAAGCCUGCUGUGGUGUGGUCAGACAGGGAAAGGCCUGUUCUUCCUCCUGGUGGUGUGCAGCAUGAAGAGGACGGCGACGGACUGCUGUCUGUCCACAGCUGGAUUCUGGCCUCACCCUCUCGCUUUGAUUGGCUGUCCUGCAAAGUGUCUCUUUCUGACAAGUGGGAGCGAGAGGGACGAUUGUCAGUGAGGGACUCUUCAUACAACUGCCCGGAUACCUCCCUGCCAUGGAGAGCAGCAUUUUUAUGCACUCUCCUGUUGGCCAUUGUCAUCAGCCUUGUGUACCUCUUCAGGAAGAAGAUUUUCAGCUCAAAAUUGUUUGGAACCACACCAUCAGCUGCACAGCCAGAGGAAGAGAAACUUCUUCGAGACAAGUACGAAAAUGCAAAAGUGGACAUCACUCUGAACUCAAAUGCAUGUCAUAGCUUCCUGAAGUUAAGCUCAGAUGGGAAAAUAGUGCGGGAUAGUGGUGAAAACCUUCCUCCCUGCGGAUACUUGGAUGAAAUGUAUGUCCUAGGAGAGCCGAGCUUCAGUUCAGGUUGUGCCUACUGGGAGGUGCUGCUGAAGCUGCCCAACACAAAGGUGAAAGAGUUUUGGGGUGUGGGCGUGGCCUUAAAGAAUGCAGAAAGACCCUCUGAUGGACAACUUAGCUGCAGCAAAGGAUUUUGGGUCCUGUCCUUGCAAGAUGGUAAGCUUUGUGUGAACACCGAACCCCGAGUGGUUAUUCCUGUGGAUCAAGGUCCUCAGACCCUUGGGGUCUUUUUAGACUAUGACAGUGGUGAGCUCUCCUUCCGUGAUGCUGAGAAAAACAAAGAUUUGGUAACUUUGUCAGCCAAGUUUUCUGAACCGGUUUACCCUCUUUUUAACCCUGGAAUCGGGGAUGAAUCAGCUCUAAAAAUUUCCACUGAAGUCACAGAGAAACCUGCUACUGCCAACUUACAGACCAAGGAGAAAAUUCAGAACAGUGCGGUGUAAUAAAGGUUGGUUUAGCAUUUUGACAGUGGUGUGCUGUUUACACAAUAACAUCCUUUUCUGCCAUAGAAUUGAACAGGUAAAUAGUGGUUUAACUAUGCACAGAUGGAUAUAACUCAGUUCUGCAUGUCACACUGUACGUCCUGUAGCACCAUACUUACUGUACAUACAGCUUAGCAUCCAACCAACAGGACGUACAGGAAUUUGUACAAAACAUACAUGUGAAAUGUUCAGCUGUCUCAGAGAACAUGUACUUGCGAACCCCAAUAAAAUGGUACAAUAUUCCAUAGUAAGAAGACAAGCUAACACAUCAGGGGGAUUAGCAAAACCUUCAACCCGACAAGUUUUGUUUUACUGUGAAGUGUUCAGUAGUGCAACAUACUCGUGUGUCCUGAUACUAUUCACAGACUAUAUAUUUGCUUUAUUUUAACUGUAUCUGUUAUUACAAUAUUCAGGUCAAGGACAUUAACUGAGAUUACUAUGAUAAUCUCCAAGAAAGGUUAAAAGAAAGUAUAAAUAAAUUAUGUGCUGCUAUGCACACCAGUAAUGACCACAGUUUCCAUGUAAUACCAGUGUACUCUGUGUGUGU